AUGGCGUUAGCUACCCUGCUCGUAAAGGUCUUCGGCCUGGGCGCCAUCGUGCUACUUACACAGUAUCUACUUGCGUACUUGAGAUCCCCACUCAAGAAGCUACCAGGCCCUUUCCUGGCCAAGUUCUCGGACCUGUGGCGGUUUUUUAAUCACUACGGCCAAACGCACAUUGAGACGCAGAAGGAGCUUCACGCAAAGUAUGGAGACGCCGUUGCCAUUGGUCCCAAGACUGUCAGUGUCGCGGAUCCCAGUCUGAUCAAGACAAUCUACUCCACACGAGGCACGUUUCUGAAGAGCGACUACUACUCCAUAAACGACGCCCUCCAAGACGGCCACAUCCUGCAAAACCUCUUCAGCACCCGUAGCAAUGAAUUUCACGCUAAAACCAUCAAGCCCGUCCAGAAGCUCUACUCCCUCCAAGCGGCCCAGGACCUGGAACCGCUCAUGAACAACACCAUGCGCGUGUUCUGCCAUGAGUUGGAGCAGCGCUUCAUGGAGGGCGAGAACAAGGGCAAGACGUGCGAUAUCGCGGAUUGGAUCUCGUAUUUCACGUGGGAUUUCUUGGGAGACAUGACGUUCAGCAAGCGUAUGGGGUUCAUGGAGCAGGGGAAGGAUGUUGGGAAUAUACUCGACAGUGCGGAGAAGGUGAUGCGGUACUUCUCCGUGAUUGGCCAAAUUCCCCAGCUCGACAAGCUCCUCGGCAAGAAUCCCUACCUGCCCAUCAAGUUCCCCGACUUCUCCAUCGCCGCCGGCUUCUGCGUCGAGCGUUUCAUGGAGCGCAUGCAGCACAUGGAACAAUUCAAAGACAAGAAGGACUUCAUGAACGGCUUUCUGCAGGCGAAACAGGAGUAUCCGGAUCUCGUCACCGAUAGCGAAGUCAUUGGCUAUCUCAUUAUUAAUAUCCUCGGCGGCGCUGACACUACGGGUAUCGUCAUGAAAGCUAUCUUCUACCACAUCUUGAAGAAUCCAGAGGUUAAGGAGAAGCUGGUCAAGGAGCUCCAUGCUGCCUCCCUGAACUAUCCUCCUAGCUACACGGCGCUGGAAUCCCUCCCUUAUCUCGACGCUUGCAUCAAAGAGGGCUUGCGUAUCCACCCUGUCGUCGGCCACAUCCUCGAGCGCGUUGUGCCCCAGUCCGGCCUCACACUCUCCAACGGCGUGACGCUCCCGCCCGGUACCAUCGUCGGCAUGAACCCCUGGGUCAUCCACCGGAAUGCCGAUGUCUUCGGUGACAACGUCGACGCCUUCAUGCCGGAACGCUGGCUUCAGGGUUCGAAGGAGGACAAAUCGGCCUUCGAGGUGCGAACCAAGCGAAUGAAAGACGCAGACCUAAGUUUCGGCAACGGGAACCGAAUAUGUCUGGGACGUCCACUGGCGCUGGUUGAAUUAACCAAGGUCACGGCAACCUUGUUUGGGAAGUACAAGAUUGAUCUCGAGGACCCGAGCCAGGAGUGGGAGCUGCAUAAGCAGUGGUUCGUGUGGCCGCACAAAGUCAAGGUCAAGAUGAGCCCGUUUUAG